GAUAAAUACCAAAUAACCUUCAUCAAGUUCUUCAAAACAGAUUUGAUCAUUCUUUCUUCUUGAACCGCGUUUCAAGUCACCAUGUCUUCUUCCAAAUGGUCAGGAACAUUGAAAAGUAAAAGAAAAGCUGAUCUUCAGGAUAUCUGUAGACAGUUGAACAUCGAAUUCAGAACCGAUGCACUCAAAGCUGACCUCGAACAGAACAUUCAAAUCACUUUUCAACAAAAACCUCAUUUACAAUCUGAUCCUAGAUUUGAAGAAUUAAUCACUUCAUCUGUCAAUGCUAACACACUUAAUGGUACUCGUAACACUUCGCCCGAUUCAACAGCACCACGAGCUAGUAGUAGACGUUCUGUCACUAGUAAAGCUAAACCAGCCUCUCGAACUUCAGAAGAUCAAGACCAAGAUGAUGAUCUAGAUGAUGAACCACCAAAAAACAAUUCUAAGGCGGCUGCCCGUAGUUUACCUCGACGAAAGAGUUUGGUGGAUGGCUUACGUGAUAGCUUGCCUUCGAGUGAUCGGAUCACUAAGGCAGUCGGGGAAGCUGAGAAACAAGUCGAACACGCGAUUCAUCAUGCUUCUAGUACACUUGGUUCCUCACAAGUCACUAGACGGAUCAAACAGGCUAGUGGACAAGCCAUCAAUAAGGUGGAAGUUGUGAGCACGCAAGUAGCCGAG